AUGCACAUCAACGAAGAACACGAUCCCUUCUUUAGAAUACAUACAAGUAAAAAGUCAAUGCAUCUGCUUGACGAACACCAGUAUCCUGCAAAUUUUGAACUAAAUAGCUUUGCAAUACACAUUCCAAAAAAAGGAAAAUCAAAAUUAAAAGUUGCAAUGGACUCAAGCAAUCAGCUAUCGAUGUUGGAAGAAAGUCUGUUCGCUGAAGAAAAGGAACAGAAGAUGGAAGUUGACGAAGUUAUCAGCGCUGUUAGCAAUUUAUCGCUACCAAAAGAAGUGUAUUUCGGAAAUAAACAGAAACUUGUGCCUCGCGCAGUGAGAAGUAAAGAUAAUAGAGGUAAUGUUUAG